AUGUCGCCAGAGCGAGGAAGCAUCACUUGCUCAACCAUGCACAGACGCCGUACAAACAGAAGCACAGCACAGAUUCGUGCGAAUCGUGGGACUGCGGGCCGAGAGCUUGUCAGUGCAAUCCGCCCAUUUCCGCUCCACUUUGCUCCAUUCCACGGCAGUCCCACUUCCACUCAAUUCACCAGACCAUCAGACGGCGCACCCUUGCGUCUGCACAACAAAAGGUCAGCAGGUCAACUGAUCAAAAGACCUGCACUUGUCCAGAUCGACAGACCAGCAGAACAUAGGACCAAGCGACCGCCAGACAAACGGACAAGCAGUACUCCACAACGUCAGUUCAUUAGUCCCAUAGCAUAA